GAUAGGAGGGAGGAAGAAAAGAAUUCAGAUUUCACUUGGGUGGUGAAGGCCAAUGACCGCGCUUAUCACGACCAGUUUAAGGAGAGAUACACCUGGUGUCUGAAGAGGAAAAAGUACAACGAUAAUGCCAUCAAGACCGCCAAGUAUAACAUUUUAACUUUCCUUCCGUUCAACCUCUAUGAGCAAUUCCACCGAAUGGCGAAUGUGUAUUUCCUCUUCAUGAUUUUGCUGCAGACCGUCCCGCAGAUUUCUACACUUCCGUGGUUUGCCCUCCUCUUCCCUCUCUUCAUCCUUCUUGGGAUCAGAGGAAUUCGGGACUUGAUCGAUGACAUUGCAAGGCACCGGAGUGACUGGGAAAUCAACAGCCGGCCCUGCGACAUCUUGAUAGGAAAAAGUUUCAGCCAGAAGAAAUGGUGCGAUGUACAUGUGGGGGACAUCGUUCGCCUCCCGAAGGACAGUUUUGUUCCGGCUGACCUGCUCUUACUUUCCAGUUCAGAGCCCAACAGCCUCUGCUACGUGGAGACGAUGGAUAUUGAUGGAGAGACGAAUCUGAAGUAUAGGCAAGCCCUGCUAGUGACACAUGAACAGCUGUCCAGCGAGGAGAACAUGGCCGCCUUUGAUGGAAUAGUGACCUGCGAAGAGCCAAACAGCCGGAUGCACAGCUUCAUUGGCACCCUGGAGUGGAGGGAAGAGAAAUACUCUCUCGACAGCGAGAAGCUCUUGCUGCGUGGAUGCCGGAUACGCAACACAGAGGUCUGCUACGGACUUGUUGUCUAUGCAGCCUCAAAUGUGUCUUGCACAGGUUUCGAUUCCAAGAUCAUGAAGAACUGCGGGAAGAUCAAAGUGAAGAAAACCAAACUCAACCGACUGAUGGACCGCCUUGUAGUGCUGAUCGCUGUGUCUCUCUUCUUCAUCUCCUUUGCGCUUGCUGUGGGCUCGGGCAUCUGGGCCGCCAAAUUUCGCCAGGAGCACAGCUACCUUUACGUUUUCUACAGCGAGAUCAGCGCCGUCCAGUAUGCCUUUUUUGCCUUCUUCGGCUUCGUCAUCCUCCUCAGCUUGGUCAUUCCGAUGUCCAUGCUCAUCACGUUUGAGUUCAUCUACCUGGUUAACAGCUGCUUCAUUAACUGGGAUGUGGAGAUGUAUUUUGCGGACAAAGAUACUCCGGCCAAAGCUCGAAGCACCAGUCUCAAUGACCAGCUGGGUCAGAUUCAAUAUGUCUUUUCGGAUAAGACCGGAACCUUGACCCAGAACAUCAUGACAUUCAAGAAAUGUUGCAUCAACGGAAAGAUAUAUGGUAACCACCUGGAGAGUAAACUGGAGUUUUAUGACCCUUUCCUCUUGGAGACCAUCCAGCAAGACGCUGACCCUGUGGUGCAGGAAUUCAUGCGCUUGCUUGCCCUCUGCCACACGGUGAUGGUGGAGGAGAAAGAAGGCCAGCUGGUUUACCAAGCAGCUUCGCCAGACGAGGAAGCUCUAGUUUCGGCCGCCAGGGACCUUGGCUACGUUUUUGUCUCCCGGACGCAAGAUACCAUCACCAUCCAGGAGCUGGGCAUCGAGCGAACCUAUAAAGUCUUGGCCAUCUUGGACUUCAACAGUGUUCGCAAACGGAUGUCUAUCCUUGUGCAAGACCCAGCCGGCUGCAUCAGACUUUACACCAAAGGAGCAGACAUUGUGAUUUUGGAGAGACUUCACUGCGACCGGUCGAUGGAGGCCUACACUAUCAUGGCUCUGGAUAGUUUUGCUCAAGAGACGCUGAGGACUUUGUGCCUCGCGACCAAAGAGGUGACCGCAGAAGAGUACGCCGCGUGGAGCAAGAAACACCACGACGCCAGCGUCUUGUUGCAAGGACGGGCCCAGCAACUGGACAAGGUCUAUGAGGAGAUGGAGUGCAACCUCCAGCUUCUUGGUGCCACUGCCAUCGAAGACAAGUUGCAAGAUGGGGUCCCAGAGACCAUCCAUCUCCUUAAAAGAGGAGGCAUGAAAGUAUGGGUGCUAACUGGCGACAAGCAAGAGACUGCAGUCAACAUUGGCUUUGCCUGUCAGCUUCUUUCAGAUGACAUGACAAUCUUGGAGGAGAAUGUGCUCAGUGAAAUCCUUGAACCAUCUUGGCAUAGCAAAAGCAGCCUUGCUACCAGCAGAGAGUCCCUUUGCAAUGGCUCUUUCCAGCCCUUCCAAGCAUCGUCCAUCUAUGGAAAGAAAGCGUUGGUGGUCACAGGGGAGUUCUUGAGUCCCAAACAUUUGGAGGAACAGUCCUUCGUGGAUUUGGCCACAGAUUGCCAGGCCGUCAUCUGUUGCCGGGUGACUCCCAAGCAGAAAGCCCUCAUUGUGGAGCUGGUGAAGAAAUACAAGAACACCAUCUCCUUGGCCAUUGGCGAUGGGGCCAACGACGUCAACAUGAUUAAAACUGCUGACAUAGGAGUGGGCAUCAGUGGGCAGGAAGGCAUGCAAGCUGUCCAGUGCAGCGACUAUGCCUUGGCCCAGUUCCGCUACUUGCAGAGGCUCCUCUUCGUCCACGGACGCUGGUCCUACCUCCGGAUCUGCAAAUUCCUUCGCUACUUCUUCUACAAGACCUUCGCUGGCAUGAUGGUCCAAAUCUGGUUCGCUUUCCAUACGGGGUUCACGGCGCAGCCGCUCUUGGAGGGCUGGUUCCUCGCUUUGUAUAAUGUUUUCUACACUUCGUGUCCUGUCCUGUGCCUGGGAUUGUUUGAACAGGAUGUGAGUGACAAGAAAAGCCUACAGUUCCCAGAACUCUACAAAGUGGGCCAGAAGGACCGGCUUUUCAACUUCCGGACUUUCUGCGUUUCGUUUGUCCACGGCUCCUUCGUCUCUUUGGCCAACUUCUACAUCACUAUGUGGGCCAUGGGAGACCGAGCUGGCGUCCAGGUCAUUGGUGACUAUCAGUCCUUUGGCAUGAUAGUAGCCACUUCGGCCAUUGUGACCGUCAUGGCGGAGAUCAUGAUGGAGAUCAAAUUCUGGACCAUCUUCUCUGCUCUGGCCAUCGUUAUCAGCCUAGCCUUCUACUGUCUGUUCUCCUAUCUCACUCAAAGCUUUGAGGCCUACAGGACGUCCUACAUUUCUUUCCCUUUCCCCGCGGCCUCCAGGAACGCCCUCACUGACCCCACCAGUCUUCUGGUGAUCUUGCUCUGCGUUGUGGUGAACGUCAUCCCCUCCCUCACCAUGCGAUUUGUGAGCAGCUUCAUGGGUCUCACCAACAUGUCCCAGAUGUUUGAAGCCCGAGAUAUCUACCUGAAGGAGAAGCCAGUGGAGCUAACCUCCCACGUCCGGAGGAACACUUUGCUCAGGCGCUCCAGCUAUGCCUUCUCCCACAAGGAAGGCUAUGCUGACCUCAUUUCCCGGGGGGCCAGCCUGCGCCUCAAGGGACCCGGUGCCCACCAGCACAUGAAUGGCUUCCACAGUGUCCCCCCACUCCUGGAAGAGGGCCCUGUGCCCACCGAAACCAAUCCCGCACCUCAUGAGAUCCCUUCAGAGCAGACGGUCCAGUUCUGUUGA